CCAACUCCUUCAACUCACAGCAGCUUAGCUUCACACAGUCGAGCACGUCAGGGAGAAACGCGAUAUCAGACUCGAUGACUUCGGAUAGGUGUUUAAAAGGGACAUUCUGGAAUCGUUCCCGGUACAAAUGUGAGCCAUGUGAGACUAAAUAUGGAAUCAUAAAAGGUUACGAAUUUACUGAAAACUGUGGGUGGUCCGACGAACAACAACAGAUCAAGUCACCUUACAAACCAUGCAGAUAUGGGACAUUUAAUGACGGAUCUCAAGUCAAAUGCCAAAAUUGUCAUUCUUGCCCAACUCCACUGUUUCCAGCGUCUGAAUGCAGCACAACAUCGGAUGCAAUCUGCUGUAGACAAGGGGAGCAGGUUUUUGAUGGAAAAUGCAUCCCUCAACCGCCACAGACCACAGAGAUAACAACUGCAAGUACGCCUGUCUUCACAUCUAGCUCUGUAGCCAGCUCAAGCCUUUCUCAGAGCACUACUCAAAAUGCCUUUACAGAGCCCUCUGCAGUCACUGAAAACUUUACUCCAAGCCCUCAAAGCUCUAUGCCAAACACUUCUUCAAGUCCCAAUGGAAUGUCAUCAUUUAAUCAAUUCAUAGGGAUCUAUGUAUGUUUUGGGAUUUUAUUAACUCUCAUUCUGGUGUGUAUCUACCUUUUCAUCAAGAGGAGGUCUAAGCCUUUCAAUGAAGAAUUUAAAAAAUGCUGUAAUGGAGCUAGUCAUAAAAGCCUGUCCAAAAAGAGCAUUGGCAGAUAUGAGGAGGCCAUCUCUUACAACAUAAUCAAAGAGAGUAGUAACAAUGAUCACGUAACUGGAUUGUCGCAUCUGUUAGCACCUGAGGUCCAGGAUGCACCUCUCAAAACCGUGCUGAACAACCUGGAUGUUCUUGAGGAGCUUGUGUUGGUAUUAGACCCAGACAUCUGUGGUGCCAAGAACACACGUCACCUUGCCGCCCAUUGCUCCUUUUCCUUUGCCUGGAUCAAUUAUGCAUAUUCCAUGAAGGACCACAAAAGCCCCCUCGUCGCCGUUUUGGAGGGUGUCGUCACCAAAAACCCACACUGGACCGUCAGCCACCUCGCUGAGCUGCUAACUUCCAUCGGUCGCAAUGAUGCAGUGGAGAUUUUAGCGAAGCUUCCUGCAGGUGUUUAAGAAAAAUUCAUGUGAUAUUUUAAGUACACAAAAGUACUCCGUUACUUAACGUAACCUCGGUUCCCUGAGAUAGAGGAAUGAUUUCUGAGUCUUGCGAGACGCAUAUGGAAAAAGCGUUUUUUAUACUGAGCUGAAGCCUUUUUCAUUCAUGCAGUGAAACUGCAUGGCCAGUGGUUCAUGCAGUUUAUUAAAAAAAAAACUAACCCAUGGCUAGGGAGCGGAGCUACCCUUGCCAAGGACUGCUUAAGUCUGAUCAUUCAACCCGCAAGCUCGUCGUUGUUUUCCUCCAAGGUAAAUAGGAGAGAAACCAGAUCGUGGGAAGGCCGCCUUCUGCGAACGAACAGGGGUAGACUGCUUUACUGGUAAAAAAGCAGGCCGCCUGUGAGCACAGUCAUAGUGAGACACAAAUUUGAAGCUGCCAAUGGCAGCAUCUGCUCCGAUCUACUUCAGAGGAUAGAGCCGCUUGAUGUAAAGAGGGGCAUUGAUCUUUACAUGCGAGACACGGAUUGAAGCAUAGUGGGAAGAGCAAGUACGCAGGCUCUGUAUCGGUGUGAGAUCACUUAGACCCGGUUGCUUAGUUUCCAAACUUCACCGUUUCUCUCUCCGAGGCUUGCUGAGAGAGGAGAGACAUAAGAGUGGGGCUGUUCAGUGAAAGUCGGUCCGCAAGAAGAGAAGAGCGACACUCAUGCUUGCGUAAGUGCAUAACUCACUGUCUUUCUGCAGCUGAGUGCAAUGGAGAGAGGUCUUGAUUCGAGCUGGGAAGGUGUAUUCAUUGGCAAGCGGCUUCGGAUCAGCGUGUAGUCGUCGUCGCUUAAUGAGAAGAAAUCUAAGAAUCCUGUGGCGAACACCAGCUUAUAUAGCCAGAACGCCCCACCCAUUCUGCCAGGUUUUUUAAUACACUACACGAACCACUGGUCGUGCAGUCUCAAUGCUAAAUGAAAAAGGCUUCUGUUCAGGAGAAAAAAGUAUUUUUUCCCAUAUGCGUCUAGCAAGACACAGUAUGAGUAUAGUAUUGAAAGGGUAAAGUAAUUCACAUAUUAUACUGUAUUAUUCAACAUAACCUCAUAAAUAUUUUACAUGUGGACAUUUUUGAAUUUGCAUUUUCAUAUGAAUCAAAUUGUAGUGUGCAUUUACAUGAAAUUGCCCACUUGAAAAUAGUUGUUUUCUCAUGUGAUGGAGUAUUUUUGUUCCUAUAAGUUCAGUAUUCAAUGAUAGUUGCAGUCCUGGGGUAAAUCUGGGGUUACUUUGGAUGAAAACAACACGCACUUCAUUCAUAACAGAUGUGCAUCUUGAGGCAAUUUAGAAGCAUUUAGAAACAAAGUCGAGACACACUUCUUGGGGUUUAUCCUUAAUGUUCUAUGUGCAUUCCAUCUUUCAACCUUAUUUAGCUCUAAAGGGGAUAGUUCACCAAAAAUUGAUCAUGAUUUUUAUUACGCCCAGGGCAUUCAAAAUGUAGAUGACUUUUUUUCUUCAGUAGAACACAAACAAAUAUUUUGAACUCAACCCGUUGCAGUGCGUCAGACAUAUAAUGGAAGUUAAUGCAGACAAUAAAAAAUGUCUGGGGUUGCUUUGGAUGAAAACAACAUGCACUUAAUUCAAUGGAUAACAGAUGUGCAUCUUGAGGCCAUUUAGAAUCAAAGACAAGACACACUUGUGGUUUAUCAUGCAUAUUCUAUAUACAUUCCAUCCUUCAGCCUUAUUUAGCUUUAAAGGGAUUCCCGUUACAGUCCGUCAGUCCUAUAAUGAAAGUAAAUGGGAAUCACGGCUUUGAGAGUAAAAAACAACAACAACCAAAAACACAUACACUAACAAAACCAAAUAAACCCUGUGACUCAUGACUAAAUGUUGAAGUGUAAAUACAUGAAAUGAUUGGUUUUUUUGACUCUCAAAGCCAUGAUUCCUAUUUACUUCCAAUAUAUCACUGACAGACGGCAUCGGUUUGAGUUAAAAAGUUUCUACUGUGCCCUGGGUGUAAACAGAUAAAAAUUAAAUGUUCAUUUUUUUUGGUGACCUAUCCCUUUAAAACUGCAUAACACUAUUAAUGUUUCAUUAUUUACAUUUUUGUUAAAUUACUAUAAAAAUCAUAAAAUGUUAUUUUUUUCUUACAAUUUUUUUAUAUGAAUCAUAAAUCUUGUAAAUAUAAUUGUUUGCAAACCAAUAUAACAGGUUUUCAGUUUUUAAACAGGAUUUGGCAACAAACCUUUUCUGAAACCAAUAUAUCAUAGUUACAAAUGGUGAACAAUUGAUUUUUUUUGUAUGUUCAGCACAAAUACCACAAUAAAUCUUGAACUUUGUUCAAA